AAGAGGAAGGAGCGGAAGGUACCGAUGGAUCGGGCGCACCGAAGGAACCGAAAAAGAAGAAGAAACGUGCUCCUAAAUUGCCAGAAUUGAAGGAACUGCCCGAGGAUGAGAAAUCGGCCGAAGCUGGCGUAGAACCGGCGGUUGCCGCACCAGCGGCUACACCAGCGGCAACGGAACAAACUACAGUACCGCCCGAAGCAGAGACCGCUACUGGUGCUGGUACGAAACCGAAGGAACCGGAACCGGAACCGCAGAUAUCGUACACGCGUCGCAAAUCCCGGACGCAGGUAGCGCUGGAGGAGUUCGAGCGGCGCAAGAAGUUUGACUUCGUGUCGCAUAUGGCCAACGUACGGGUGGAGCUGGGCAAAACGAUCCGCCUGAUGGCGUACGUCAAGUGCCCGGAGGAGGUGACCUCCUACUGGAAGCGCGAUGGCCGUGUACUGGGGAAUGGGUUGCGCCUGACGCACACGACCAUGCGCUGCGGUACGUGCGUGAUGGAGAUCGAGAAGAGCAAAUACCGGGAUGCCGGUACCUACACCUGUGUUGCGCGCUGCGAAACGUACGGCGAGAUCGAGCAGUCGUGCACGGUAGCGAUAGUGGAGAAGGCGGAAAUUAAGGGCGAGGCGCCCAUCUUUACGCGCCCGAUGCAAGAAAAGUACGAUCCGAUUCAGGAUGAGCUAACGCUCGAAUGUAGCGUCCGUGGUGAUCCGGAACCGGAGACGGUGUGGAUCGUGCAGGGUGUCUUCAUGCGGCACAAUACCGGCGGUCGGUUGUACUUCCGCAAGUACGAGGACGGCCGGCAGCAGCUGAAGAUCUUCCAGCCAUCGAAGGAGGACAGCGGGCGGUACGUGCUGCGGGCGAAGAACAGCGUCGAUAAGACCGAUAUGGUGUACUAUCUGAACUACAAGAACAGCGACGAGGACGUGCUGAAGGUGUUCGAGGACGAGCUGCACAAGAAGACGGAGAAACCGAUCCUCAGUCGGCAUCUGCGCGCCAAGGAUUGCGAUUACAAUCCGGAGGAUGAGGCACUGAUCAAAUGGUCGGAAUCGCGCAGCCAACAUGAUAAGGAAUACGAGUUCCGGUACAAGCUGAAGUUUGUGACGCAGCUGCAGGACAAGACGGUGCCCGAGGGCUCGAACCUCAAGUUUACCUGCUACGUGGAUGGCAAGUUCCCGCUGUUCAUGUGGUUCAAGGACGAUAUGCCGAUAGUGCAGGGUCGCAAGUACCGCCAGAAGACACGCCGCGAUGGCAAGGUGACGCUCGAGAUCGUGAACGUUACGACCGAGGACGCCGGCACGUACAAGCUGGAGGCGCGUAACUAUGCCGGCUGCAUUGAGACCAAGUCGCACGUUACGGUUUACAAGAAUCCGUACACCAAGUUCGUACCGCCAAUCUUUGCCAGCAACAUCCUAGGUACGACCGACGAGUAUACGGAGCCCAGAGAAGAUGUGACACACGUCGUCCAGCACAGACACUACGCAGAUAGAGCGCCCCACAGUACUGCUACUUCCAGUAGCCGAUCGAAAGGUUCCACUUACGAGCACAAACGAUACUCCGCUACCUCCGUACGACCGUCGAGCAGCACCACUUCAUCGAGUGUCAGCUACCAGGACCAUGCCAAGGUAAGAGAGUACCUCAAUCGGCAUUCUGAGCAGCAGCAGCAGCAUCAUGAUCAUUCGACGGUGGAAACGGCGGUGCGCCGUCGUCCGCUACUGUCUGCGACGGAGCUACGAAUCCAACGUAUCUCGAAUACCCUCCACACACCGUACCAACAGUCGAGCCGGCGUGAGCAAACCUUCUCGGCAACUUCCGCGCUCGAUGUAAGUCGACACCGGCGCAGCAACUACUCGCAUUACUACAGUAGCAACAGCAACGAGUAUCGGCAGUUUGGACGCGAUACUCAGCAUGAGCUAAGAACCUCAUCUACCAAUGUACUCGAUAGUUCGGAUCGCCUUGGAGUAGUCGUGGGCCGCGAUUGGGCACGCAAACGUGUCAGCCCAGUUGCGAACAUCGAUCUAAUGGAUGAGUCCAGCGGAACGAAACAAUCGAGCACUAGGACUGUUGCCCAAGGUUCUUCAUUGGAGUGCAGUGCGACGCUUCGCGAGGAAUCGAAGAUGAUGCUGCGGGAGGUGCGCCACAAGGGUUCCUCACGGCACGGUUCAAGCGAUGGCGGUCCUUCGCGUGAGAGUGAUCGUGAGCUCGCGACAGCCACCGAAUCGGAGAUUGUAUCCUCUGGUGCUGGCAGCUCAAAGUCCCGAUCCCAGACGUAUCCUUACCACUACCGGAUGGAUACGUUUACGACUGCGCAGCGGUACGAGAGUAUGUCCUCCCUGCAGAACUAUCAACCGAUCGUACAAACGGUGCUGCGCGAUCGAAUGGUGAAGCGAGGCUCCAACCUCUUGCUGGUUUGCUCCUUCUGGGGUGUGAACUGUGAGGUCGAGUGGGUUCACAACUACGCCAGGAUCGGCAACAGUGCCAAGUAUCGCAUUUCGCGCCAUCA